AUGGCUGGCCACGACCUCGAAGCGAAGAUCGUCGUGCUCGGUUCGCAGGGCGUCGGCAAGACGAGUCUCGUGCACCGCUACGUGAAGAACGCCUUUGCCAACACGACCUCGACCGUCGGCGCUUCUUUUCUCACCAAGAAGGUCGUCGACAUUGACACGUCUACCGUCGUGCGCCUGCAGAUAUGGGACACGGCCGGUCAGGAGAGAUACAGGAGCAUUAGCAAGCUCUACUACCGGGGCGCUAAUGCGGCCGUCCUCUGCUAUGACAUAACCGACACCGACUCGUUCGAGGAAAUGGGCCGCUGGUUCCUCGAGCUCAAGAGCGUCCUCGGCGACGAUAUUAUCCUGCACGUCGUCGGUACCAAAUCCGACAUGGUGGCCGAGCAUCCCAACAAGCGCCAAGUCCCCUUUGAGCGCUGCAUCGCCUAUGUCGCCGAGAACCUCCACCCCCAGCCGCCUCAAAGCCAGUCUAAGGAGUCCUCUAUACCUUCCGGCCUAUGGGGCAUUGCAGUCCCCAAGUCGGCGGACAGCGGCAUGAUGUCCCCUCUGAGCAAUCGGAGCAGCGGCCUCUGGGGCCAGGACAUCGGAUGGGACUGCUGCCACGAAAUUAGCGCCAAGGACGGCGAGGGCGUCGAAGAGGUAUUCCGCGUCAUCACGCGCAAGUUGGUCGAACAGCGCAACAAGGCCCUGGAAGCCGAGGCGAUGAGCCAAGGCGGUCUUACUCCCGGCAUCAACGGACAACAGAACGGCUACUUUGACUACCAACACGGUAGCAAUAACGGCAGCUUCAGGCUUGGUGUUGGCGACAAGCGUAGGAGCUGGCUUAGUUUCCCUCCUACGCCAGGCUUCGGCGGCGGCGGCGGUAGUGGCGGUGGUGGCCAGACGCCCCAAGAGUGGGAGGCCGACAUUCAGCGGACGAAGAUGAAAGGCGGUAGGUGCUGCUGA